UUGUGCGUAGGUUCAGUUCCUUUCCAUUUUUGUAUUCAUGAUUUUACUCUGCCCCAGCACACCCAAACCAAAGAGAAGAAGUACGCGAAAGAUGCUCUUCUGCUGUGGUGUCAGCGAAAGACUGCCGGCUACCCGGGCGUCAAGAUCGAGAACUUUUCUUCAAGCUGGCGCAAUGGGCUCGGCUUCAACGCGCUGAUCCAUGCUCAUCGUCCUGAUCUGAUCGACUACAACCAUCUCAGUUCCCACGACCACAUCAAAAAGUUGGGCAUCGCCAAGCUUUUGGACGCCGAAGAUGUGGAUGUUUCCCGGCCGGAUGAAAAGUCGAUAAUGACCUACGUGUCUACAUACUACCAUUAUUUUGCUCGACAGAAAACGGAACUGACUGGUGCCAAGAGAGUUGGAAAGUUGGAGUACGAGGAGAUGGCCAGCGAUCUUUUGAAGUGGAUCCGCCAGAAGAUUGCUGAAUUGGAUGAUCGACGAUUUCCGAACAAUUUGAAGGGCAUUCAGGAGGAAAUGCUUAAGUUUAAACAGUACCGAACAGUCGAAAGGCCACCAAAAUACAAAGAAAAAGGGGACAUCGAGGUGUACUUUUUCAACUUGCAGACACGCCUCAAAAGCCUCGGCACGAAACUAUAUGUACCCCCUUCUGGUUUAAUGCUUCACGAUAUCGAAACGACAUGGUCUGCUCUGGAUAGCUCUGAACAUUCUCACUUGGAUGCCCUUUCUUCUGAAUUGGAUCAGGCCGAAGCGAUCGUUUUAAACAAAGACAUUGGAAAGCACAUCUUAGCCGUGGACGACUUGUUGCAGAAGCACUUGAUCGUCGAGGCGCAGAUAAUCGCCCAAGGCAAGCGACUGCGAGGUAUCAUUGACACGGCUCAGCUCUACGUACGCAACAAAGCGCCGCAGUACGAAACACUUCGCAGCCGAAUCAACGAAGUACAGCAGCAGUAUGAGAAUUUGGUGAAGGCGGCGGAUGCUCGCCAUCUGACUCUGGAGCGAUCAAGAGAGCUACACCAGUUCAUUCAAGAUAGCGGAGAGGAGGAAAGCUGGCUAGCGGAAAAGAUACAGUAUUGUGUCAAUUUGCUGAAUAAGUUUAAUAUUUUGACUGUUUGGCUAGCGACGACGGAAAUGCAGGGUCACUGGCUGCGUACGAAACAGAUCAUGGCCGCCGGUGGGCGCCUGAUCGAGUCGCUUAACGUCCUGAAGGACGAUGUCCAGAAAAGACUAAACAAGCUCGAAACGCGAUGGGAGGAUUUGAGGCGGCUGUCGCUGAUGCUUGGCAAAUACGUGAAAGAGGCACAGCAGGUGAACAGCUACUUUCAGGACGCGAAUGAAGCUGAGAGCUGGAUGCGGGAGAAGCUGCCACUGGUGUGCUCAGAUGACUUUGGCAAGGACGAAAGCUCAGCUUCGGUGAGUUGUUCAGCCACACGGAAGCGGUACCUUGAAGACGCCGUUAAGCUGUACAAGUUCUACCGAGAAUGCGACGAUUUCGAGCAUUGGGCCAAAGACACUAUCGCUCUGUUGCAAGAGGCGCCAAGUACGGAGAAUGUCAGCGCUUCGCGGAAGAAGUUUGAUGACAUCGCCGCGGACAUCAUCGCUACCGGCGGCACUCACUUGGUGGAGAUUAACAAAAUAGCCGAUGACCUUCUGUCGUCGCAGCACACUCAAAGCGAUCGCAUUCGCAAACGCCAGCAGGAGAUUGCGCAGAAGGAUGCAAAGUCAGAGACGAUGAGGGCUGCCGAGGCGGUGGCGCAGUUCACUCAGGUGUGCAUGGAGACUCGUUCGUGGAUCUUGGAGAAAACUCAAAUGUUACGCGAGGAAGUGGAUAUCAAAGACCUGCGCAGUCUUCAAAACUUGGAACGUGAACUGAAGCCAGUCGAAGAUAAGAUGCAGAUUCUGAAGAGUCUUGGGAAAGAAGUAAGUGAAGCGUACCCUGUUCAAGCGAAUUCGAUUCGCGCAGAACUCGGUUCACUGUCCAACAUGUGGGAGGACCUGAAGCAGAAGGUGACUGACCGAAGGACGCAACUGGAGGACAAGCAAGGACUCCAGGUGUUCCAGAACGCGGCUAACGAUUUGACAAGCUGGGUUAAUAAAGUCCAGUUGUCGCUUAGAGAACUUCAGGAUCCGGUUGACGUUACCCAGGCGGAGGCGUUACUGGAGAAACACGCUGAAUUGUACGACGACAUAAAGGCGCAUGAUGACGAAUUCGCUUAUGUCAAUAAUUUGGGCAUGCGAUUGUUGCGCCUUCGCAGAAACGACAGUGAAGUUCAAAAGACUAUGCAAAUGCUUGCCGCUGACCAGAACGACGUUAAGCAGAUGUGGCAGUCAAAGCAACGCCACUUAGAAGAGAUGCUCGACCUUCAGUUGUUUAUGCGCGAGGCGGACCGCAUAGACGCGGCAACAAAAGGCUACCAGGCGUUUCUGGACAUAAAAGAUGUUGGGGACUCAGUAGAAGCUGUCGAGGACCUAAUGAAACAGCGAGCUGAAUUUGACGACAAACUUUGUGCGCAGGAUGACCGCGUGCGCAACUUCAAUGAUGUCGCUACGGCCCUCGCCAAAAAAGGCGUCACAAAUUUUUCUGCAUGGAUGGACGACAAGUUUCGGGUUGUUUCGGACGAGUCAUACAAAGACGGUUUGAACUUGGAACGGAAACUGAAGAAGCAUGAGGCUUUCGAGGCGGAACUGGAGGCAAACGCUGAUCGUAUCAAACGUUUGAACAGGGAUGGUGAAGAGCUUGUGAAGAUGAAGCACGCGCGGUCAAAAGACGUACAAUCGAUUAUCGACCAGUUGAACAAACGGUGGGAUCAAUUGAGAACGAAAUGUGGCCAGCGAGGCAAGGGAAUACGCGAGGCCCACGAUCAACGGUCGUUUAACCGCGGAGUCGACGUUAUCACCCUCAAGCUGGACGAUCUGUUGAAGGACGUAUCGUCAGAGGAGGUCGGCAACGAUCUGCGCAGCGUCGAUUUGCUGCUGCAAAGGCACAACGUUCGUUCAAAAGUUCCUGGGUGUAAUUUACGCGGUGCUGAUUUGCUGUACGGCCAUUUUGAUUCCGCUGAAAUCCUCAGGGCAGGCCCAGCUGCUUUGAGACGCAAGAAACUGGAAGAGUCAUUGGCACAGCAUCGAUUUUAUUUUGAUCUUGACUGUGAACUUCUCUGGAUAAAGGAGAAGCUGCCCAUUGUUUCAUCAUUAGAUUGCGGUCAGUCGCUUACGGAUGCCUUGAACCUCCACCGGAAGCAUGAGCAGUUGGAGUCUGAAAUCACCGGCCAUCAGCCGGUUAUCGACAAUGUACUUAAAGCCGGACAACUACUGGUCAACUCUGGCCACUUCGCUAGAACAGAAGUGAAUAAAAAAUGUCAGCAUUUGAGCACGGAGUGGAAAUUGUUGAAAGAGCAAAUGGCUAAGCGUGCCAAGUUACUGGAAGAGGCGCUAGUGCGACAUCAGUACUUCUCCGGCAUUGCCGAAGUUGAGCAGUGGCUGAAGGAGAAGUACGAAUUCGUAACCUCGUCCAGUAUCGGCAGCGACGAAGAAGCUGUCAACAGACUUGUGGCGAAUACGAACCCAUCUGUGCGUUUCUUGCUAAAAUUACUGAGCAAAACGUACAAGGGCCUCAGCAACAGUCUCUAUGCAGAUUGCAAGAAGGCGUUACCCGGCGAUUGUAAAGAUAUUGACGCAAAACAAAAGGAUGUUUCUGAGCGCUUGAAAAAAAUGGAGGAACUGGCCGCUGUUCCACUGAAUAAUCUGGAUUGCGCUGCCUACUUUUACCAGUACUUGCGCGAAAGCCAGGAUUUGGAGCAGUGGAUCAACGAGCAAUUGUCUAUCGCAUCCAGCGAAGACUACGGCAAAGAUUAUGAACACCUAAUAGACCUGGUGGCAAAAUUCGACGAUUUUAAGCACCGCGUGAAGACUGGCUCAGAACGGUUUAUCUCGUGCGAAAAAUUUUCAGAGAAUCUGCUGAAGCGUCGGCCUCCGUUCGCCAACGACAUCAUCGUUAGACAGGAGCAGAUCCGUCAAGCAUGGGCGUUGUUGCUAGACUACAUCGAGAGUCGUGACCAAAAACUGGAAGCCGCUGAAGAAAUUCACCGCUUUAAUCGCGACGUUGCCGAGGAGAAACUUGAAAGCAUCCCCACGGACACCGGCAAAGAUAUUGUCACUGUACAGAGUCUGUUGCGAAAGCAUGAAGCGUUCGAAAACGAGUUGGUUGCCGUUCGACUGCAAAAGACAUACCCUGGUGGAAAUGCGGAGCACAUGCUCGCACAGCAACAGCUACUGUUAGAAAAAUGGAACCAGUUGCAGGACAAGGUGUUCAAACGACGUGAUCGGCUAGACGAGGCGUACAAAUUACAGCGGUUCUUGUCUAAGGUACAUACGUUACCUAAUUUUUUAAUCUUUCCCACACAUCAGUUGAUCAUUGAUUUGCAGGCUGCGGAACUUCUCGAGGCCGAACAUCGCCAACUGCAGUCAGAAAUCGAAGCCAGGAUUGAAGAUUUCAAGCAGCUUGAUGCCGACGGAAAGGAGAUGAUCAAAGCUAGUCAUUUUGCGCAAAACGAGAUAAACGAAAAGCUGUCACAACUUCAAAAAGUGCAAGUCAGUAUUGUUGACAUAUGGGCGAACAAGGCGGAUAAGAUCAACCAGAUCGUUCAGCUGCAUUCGUUCCUGAGGGAAGCCAAGCAGGUCAUGUCGCUGAUGAACUCAUACGACGCACAGCUGAAAUCUAGCGAGUUUCCUGAAUCUGUCGAGGAGGUGAACGCAUUGAUCCGCAAACAAGAGACGUUCGGAAAAGUUGUGAAUUCGCUGGGCGACCGCGUUUCCAAUUUGAAACGAGAGGCGACCGUUUUGUUAAAGGAGAAACACUUCGAACAAGAUCGAAUGAGAAGCACUUUGCACGAUAUUGAAAACCGAUGGGAACUACUAAAAACUUCGUUCAACAGCCGAAGUGCCGCUCUCAAAGAAGCGCUUCUGUACGCCAAAUUCAAGAGCGACGUGUCUGAGGUAUGUAUUUAUGCAUUUUUUAACGUGCAAAAGGCAGAUUUCCAGGAAAAGCUGAAGUUGCUGCAGAAACACCUAACCUUUGAGGCAGAGCUGAGCGCUAAUGAACCACGAACCAAGCAGAUCAAACACGAUGCUGACGAAUUGCUAGCACGAAAACACCCAGGAAGGGAGCAGAUCGCAGCACAAAUUGGACAGUUGCUGAGGAAAUGGUCAGAGCUAGUUCAGGCGUGCCAUGAACAGGGCUUAUCUCUUGAGGAAGCCCGCGACAUCCUUCAUUUCCAACAACUGGUAGACUCAAUUAUGACAUGGAUCAGAGAGAAGGUAGGCUUGACCGUCAGCGACAUGGGAAACGACUACGAACAUUGCAUUUCACUACAGAAGAAACUGGACGAAAAUUAUAGCGAUUCCAUCGUCGACGAUGACACAGUUAAAAGCGUCAAUCAACUUGCGAGCAGACUAAUCAAAGUCGGUCGAACCGACACGAAACAUGUGAACGACAAACUUGCGGAACUGAACAGCAAGUGGAAAUCAGUGAAUCGUUCGCUUUCUGAGUACCGAAUGCGUUUGGAGGAGGCAAAGGGUGUACACUCGAUGAAUCGAGACAUAGACGACACGGCCGAGAGAAUUGCGGAGAAACUUUUGUUACUGAGCAACGAAGAUACGGGUAGAGAUCUGUCAACCGUCGAAGUGCUGUUACGUAAGCAGGACGCAGUGGAGCGAGAGAUGACAGCUUUGCACGAAAAGCUUCAACGCCACGAGCAAGACAGCAAGAAGCUGUUGGCCCGAAAUCCCCCUCUGAAGGAACAGGUUCAAGAACGAAUGAACAGUUUGGAUGUUUCCUGGCAGAAACUGUUGGAGGCAGUGAGGUUGAGGAGGACGAAAUUGCAGCGGGCGUAUGAUGUUCAAAAGUUUUUGGAAAGUGUCAAGGAGACCGAGUUAUGGUCAGAGAAGAUCGUCGCCAAAAUGAACUCGUACAGUGCACCGCGCUCCGUCGCUGAAGCGCAGUCGCUGUUAGAGCUCCACAAAGAGAAAAAGGCUGAAAUUAUCGGUCGCAAGGAAAAGUUCAAGAGUCUGUACGAUUAUGGUGAUCGUAUCUGCAAUGAAAAACUCGGAAACACGCAGCUCGUCCAGCAGCUGAUCGAGAAGCUUCGCAACGUCGAAAGCGAUACAUUGUCGGUAAGUGUGAGGUUGUGUUUUCUUUGCUUCAACGAGCAAGUGGAUAUCGCUGAAUCUUGGCUGACCAGCAAAGAAGCUAUGCUGAAUUCUGAUGAUUACGGUGAUUCGCUGGACAGCAUCGAGUCGUUGAUAAAUCAGCAUGACAACUUCGAAACAUCUUUGCGAGCGCAGAGCGAAAAGAUCGAUGAAUUGAAGCAACAGGCGGAUUCUUUGGCUGAACGAGAUCUGGAGAAUGGUGUGAAGAUCAAGCAAAGAAAGAGCGAGAUCUGCAAACGACACGACAGCCUGUUUGCAGCGUGCCAGAAGCGGCGCAACGUUUUGAACGAAUCGAAAUCAUGGCACAUGUUCCUGAAGAGCUGCCAUGAACUUAUGAGCUGGAUCAACACGAAACUGCAGAUCGCCUACGACGAAUCUUACCUCGACCCUACCAAUCUACAGAGCAAGUUAUUGAGGCACAACGCGUUCGACGCUGAGCUGAAGGCAAACGAAAGUCGCAUCGCGACUGUUACCGAUGAGGGCGAGGCGUUGGUGACCGGCAGUCAUUUUGCCAGCGAGCAAAUAACGAUGCAGUUGGCCGAAGUUAAAGCUGGCUGGCUAGAACUUAAUAAGGCCUCGCAACUGAAGUCUCAGCGACUGAAGGAUGCGUUCGAGUCAUACCAGUUCACACGUCAGCUGGACGACUUCGACGCCUGGCUGGACAAGGUGGAAUCGCAACUGUCCAGCGACGACCACGGCUCAAACUUGAUCACAGUCGAUGCUCUGUUGAAGAAACAUGAGCUGCUUGAGCAGGAGAUCGCGUCGCGACAAAACGACAUGGACAACGUCCGCCAGAAGGUUGCUGACUUCGUAUCCAGUGGCCACUUUCUUUCACAGACGAUUAAUGCGAAGGCGAAAGCCGUACUCGAACGCUACGAGUCACUCAGGGAGCCAUGCCAGAUACGCAAAGACAACCUCAACGAGGCGUACUCGCUGUACAAGUGGUCGCACGAUGUCGAGGACCUGAUUGUUGAAACGUCAAAGAGCGAUUCGCUGCAGUCGACAAAGAACCUGAUGAAGAAGCAGAAGAUUUUGGAGCAGGAAAUGAAUGCGAACCGACCAUCGUUUGAAGCUAUCUGCAGUAGCGCCAGAACAAUGAUCGGAAGUGGCCAUUUCGCAAGCGAUACGAUCAAGAUUCGGUUGGAGAAGCUCGAGGCAGACGUGGAUUCGUUGCGUCAACAGGCAGAGGAACGCAGGGCUAAGUUGCAGGACGCACUCGAGGCGCAACAGUACUACAGCGAGGCGGCGGAAGCUGAGGAUUGGCUGACGGAGCGGAUGAAGAUGAUGUCGACUGACGAGGAUGCGAAGGACGAGGACGCGGUGCAGAGUCUGUUGAAGAAGUGCGAGAAUCUCGAGCGAGACGUGUCCAGCUUUCGAUCAGAGAUCGACCGCCUGGCAAAGGUGGCAAAGGCGAUGGCGACCAAAGGUCAUUACGACCUGCGCCAAAUCCAGCAGCGGCAAGGACGUCUCGAGGAGGACUGCCAGCGUCUGACGCAGCAGUGCGAAGCGCGCCAUCAGCGGUUGACUGACGCCCAGCGCUACUACAAGUACUUACGAGAAUCAGAUAGUCUGAUCAGUUGGCUGCAUGAGAAAGAGACGGCGGCGAUGUCUGAAGACUACGGUCGCGAUUUGGACCAUUGUCAGCAGAUUAUCGUGCGCUUCGACCAGUUCAUUCGCGAGUUGACAUCCGCAGGUGAAAAAGUGGCCGCCGUGCAGAAAAUGCAGGACGAGUUCGUACGCACCAACCAUCCGUUCGCAGCCAGCAUCAAAGCAAAGAAUGCUGACCUGCAGAAGCUGUGGUGCGAUGUAAACGAGGCGGCCAACGAAAGGCAUCAGGCCCUGCUCGGCGCUCGCCAGGUUCACAAGUUCGAUCAAGACGCCGAUGAGACGUUGAACUGGCUGCAAGAGAAGGAGGCGCUGCUAGUGUCUGAGGCUGACGAUUUCGGCCAGUUCAGUUUGACGGAGAUCCAUUCAAAACUGCAGCGGCAUGACAUUUUUGAGCGCGAGCUGAGCGCCGUUGUCCGCCAAGUGGAGCUUCUCUGCAAAGAGGCUGAGCGCCUGAUUUCCGUCUACCCCGAUACCCAGGAGCACAUCCAGGUGCGCAAGCAAGAAAUGGAGGACGUACUGCGUGAUGUGCAAAGCGAGUCGGCCACUCGUCGUGCCAAACUUACUCAAGCUGAGGAACUGCAAAACUACUUUGACGAAUACCGAAAUCUAUCCACUUGGAUUCAUGACAAAUACAACGCCAUCACCAGUGAAAAUCUAGCCAGAGAUGUUCCGGGGGCGGAGUCUCUCAUUCAUCGCCAUAAGGAGCAUUUCACCGAGAUUGAAGCCAGAUCUGCCGCCGUUGACGAGUUCAUGAAGAAGGGUCAGGAGUUGGUGCGCUCGAAACACGUGCUGUCAAACGAGAUCACCGAAAAGCUUGACCGGUUGGAAGAAUCUUUCCGCAAUUUGAAACUUACAUGGGAACAGCGCGCUGAUUUGUACAAGACUAACCUCGAUGUUCAACUUUGGAAACAUGACGCAUCCGCUAUGGACGCUUGGCUGUCAGAGAGGGAGACUUUCCUGACGGACGAUUGGAAGCUGGCGGACACGAUUCUGGCAGUCGAUGACUAUAUUCGAAUGUACGACGACUUCCUGAUGACGCUGUCGGCCCAGGACGAGAAGUUCAACAGUUUGAAGUGUCUAACGCUGCUAGAGAAGGCUUUAAGCACGCAGCUCGAGUACGAGGAAGAACGCAAGAAGCAGGAGGAGAUGAAGCGAGAGAAGCAGCGUAAAGAUCACAUCAAAACUCUGGAGAAGCAAAAGAUACUUAAAGAGAGGAAACAGGAGCGUGAACGUCGAAGGACACAGGAAGUGCAGUUCGUCCGUCCUCAGAGUAACUUUGAGUCGCCGUCCGUCGCCACUCAUCCGCCCAUGGUAAACGUACCUUCCGCUGCUCAUCUCCCUACCUCGCAGCAGCCUUCGACCAUUGCUAGCAACCUCACCCCGCCGGAAGGCAAUGAAACAUCAUUCAGGCGCACAUCGCCACGCAAAACUCCCAGCUUCACUACUCGACGACGGAGCAGUUUGAAGAAGGUGCCGCGUUUCGAGAACAUGCAGUCGAUCGAAAAAGACGGUUUUCUAGAACGAAAACAAGAUCUGCAGAAUGGCGGUAAGCGGGCUACCAUCCGCUCAUGGAAGACCUUCUACACGAUUCUGUGUGGCCAGCUGUUGUGCUUCUUUAAAGAUGAGGAUGCAUUCAUCGACAAUAUGGCUGCCUCGCCCCCCGUUUACAUUUUAAAUGCCGUCUGCCAACCGGCUCCCGAGUACCAAAAGCGGCGAAACGCGUUCAAACUUCAGACCACUGACGGCGCUGAGUUCCUCUUCGUCUGUUCAUCUGAGGAAGAAAUGAAAGAUUGGGUUGCGAAAAUCUCCUUUCACGCUUCUUUGCCACCGUCUAUGCAGCUGCAUUCAUUCAGCGAUCGACAUAAAAUUGAUAGCGGCAGUAUUUCGUUGACUAACACGCCAGACAUCGCUGCAGUCGACAUGCCUUCGUACGUGACAAAACUUGACAUAUCUGCCUCCACAAAGACUGACAGCGGAUUUGUCACAUCAUCAAAAGUGGUCACCGGUGAGUUGCCGACUUAUUUUACCGCAUCUUUUUCUUUUCUUACUUUGGUCUUGAACUCGUAG